AUUCAAAUUCAAGCUAUGGUGAUUAGAUGUAGAUUUCAAUAUUAUUGAUAUAUCAAUAUUAACAACUCGAAAAGUAAGGAAUGUUGAGCUUUAUAAUAAGAUAGCACUAUGACGUGAAACUAAAUGAUUAUAAACUAAGGUGUUUUUAGGGCAUUUGAAAGGUAAAGGAAAUUGAAAAUUGGGACGACAGUGAUAUCUUCCUGGCAGCAGUAGGAAAUGCUUUUACACCUACAAAUCUGAUA